UUGAGGUUAUGUUUAUGCAUGUGUGUUUUGGUUUUCAUUUUCAAGGCGGGAAGUAAAUUUAGUCAUUAUAUUUUAUUGAUAUAGCCAAAAUAUAUUUCUAUUCCUGAAAAUACAAUACUUUAAAAUUGUAAAACCAGUAAUGGCUUAUCUAGAUCAACACAAGAUGUUGCUGCAGAUUUUUCUGAACCGAAGAAUGAUGACGGAAGAGGAGCUGAUGGAUUUCUACUUGAAAUUAUUUGGAGAAGACCGCACUGCAGAUAACAUGGCAGAUGACUUGCAUAUCAUGAACGACACAAUCCAUUGUUUACGCCACAAAAUAGAAAAGGUGCGUUGCGAGAUAACCGGUCGUCCACUGUACAUUUACUACAUAAAUCACGGCAAAAACUACGACUCAAUCGACAGACAAUUCUCGGUGCCCGAAAAGAGUCUGAUCGGACACCUGAUGCAAGAAAUCGUCGAGUCGGAGUCGGGUCUUUUCUCCGACGCCUCAGUCCACAAUCUGUCCGAAAAAGUGCUUGUGAAACACGGAAAACAGGUGGACACCGUGGAUUUCAUGAAAAAGCUGCUGGACAGACAUCUGUUGGAAAGAACCGAUGACGAUCUGUUACACAUGUCUCCGCUGGGGUUGAAGGAGAUGGAGCCCUACCUGCGCGCCAAUUUCGAUGACUUACAGGAGUGCCAACUGUGUCAGGCGAUCAUUAUACACGGUGCUUCCUGUCAGUCGUGCUUCUGCAAAGUGCACAAACACUGUUUGAUCGACUUCACCAAGAAUCGAAGAUCUGAAAUUACUAUUUGUCCGAAAUGUGACAAUGAAUUUCAUCAGUCAUAAACACUGUGAUUCCAUUGUUGCAAUAUGCAAUUUACGAAAUUUCCUAUAGUGCGGUCCACUUUAUAACGGCAGUGUUUGAUUGCUAUCCUUAUCAUUCAACAAAUCGGAUAGCGCUAUCUCUUUCUCGCUUUGCUCUGUUGACAGAUCGCCUUUUAACAAUGUAGAAUUAAUAAUUAAUUAACAAAAUAUUACAUCUUCAUUAUGAAUGAAAAUAUUGAAAAAUAUAAUUUGUUACUUAAUAAAAUAUAAUUGAUUAUUUUAAACGAGAAUAAACAGUUGAUAUUACAUCAAUAAACCUGUAUCAGUUACCGUGUAUAGAAGGCAUUGACAAGACAGAGGAUCGGCAACGUUGUUCUCCUAUCUUUCUCCACUGCCAUUAUAACGUGAACUUAACUAUAGGACAAGUAUUUCUACGUGUACAAACGAUUGGAGGAAAUGUUUGGAAUGUACGCCAUUCAUAGUCUAGAUGAAUUUGAAAAACAAAAGAAAACUUAUUAAAAUAACAAAUACCUUCUGUUACAGUUAUGUCGAGAGUUCACAAGUGCCAUUCAGCCUCUAUGAAAAUGUCAGCCGAAAAUCAUUACGGUAUACACUAAAUAGAAAUAGUCAUGCAUGGAACAAAUGUUCAAAAUUAUGUGUAGAAGGAAAUGUAUGGAAGACAAUUUUUGACCUCGCAGCUCUGUUGGUUUAUUUAGGGGGUGAACAUAUAAAAAUCUCCACUCUCUACCCCCUGUGCUGAGGGGAUCGGGGUGGUUUAAGCUGUAUUCCCACACCACAGUGGAAAUAUAAUUCCCAUGAGUUAUAAUGGGAUUAGCCCAAUCAGAACUUAUGGGAAUUAUAAUUAUUAUUUCCACUGUUCUGUGGAAAUCUAGCUUUUAAUAUGCAAUCUUUUUGGUUUUCGCAUAUACCUCGGAAAAUAUGCGACUUUAAGCAGACAUUACCAUUGUAUAAGAUGCUAAUGUCCUUAAGACACAUAUUUCUCGAGAUAUUUAUGCGAAAACCCAAAAAUAGUAUAUUUCAAUCACUCCCACACCCUUAUCACACGUGGUGGGGAUGGGGACAUUUGAUAUAUGAAAUAAUUAUAUUAUUAUAUUUUAUAUAAUGAAAUAUGUUUACCUCCUACCAGAAUAUUUAAAUCACUCCCACGCCCUUAUCACACGUGGUGGGGGUGGAGACAUUUGAUAUAUGAAAUAAUCAUAGCCUAUUUUAUAUAAUGAAAUAUGUUUACCUCCUAACUAACCCAAACAGAGCUGCGGGGUCAAAAAUUGUCUUCCAACUAUUCCUUAUACACCCCAUUUUGAGCAUUCGUUACCUGGACUAUGUCUAUUUAGUGUAUAAUGAUUUUCGGCUUAUAUUUUCUUAGGUGAUGAGAUUC